UUUAUUUGCACAAACCUUCUGUACCGUACUGGUCAGUGCUAUAGUGUCUUUGUAUCUAAUGUGUUGACAGUCACUGUGUUUUUCUGUCUUCUUGUCUUAUGUUGUCCUUUUUUGCAGUAAAUGUUGCACAUGGGUUUUAAUAGUUUUGUGUAGUUCUUUGUUUCUUUUUGUUUGUUUAUUUUGUCUGCUGUAGUGCCUCGGUCCUAUAGGGAACAUUGUUUCAUUUCACUGUGUACUGUGUAUAUGGUUGGAACGACAAUAAAAGAGACGCUUAAUGAUUAUUGCAAUGUGUGAUGUAAUUUUUGCAAAACAGCACAACUGGAAACACAAUGUGCAGCGAUUUAGCUGUGAUUAACAGAGACAACACAGUUGUACAGUUGUACAGUGCAAUGUAUAAUGAGCAGUAUCAGUGCAGUAAGCAGAAUACACAUUGCAAAGAUAAAGUCCAGUGAGUUUAUUCUAGAAAUAUGCUCCAAGGCACAGCAGUGAAUAGUUUUUUCUGUUUGUUAAGAGUUUCUUGCUACGGUAAAGCUGAAUGAGUCUUUUAAUGAAGAUAUGCUGUUUGACCAUUUUGGAUAGUUUGCUUAGUGCCCUCUUUUAUACAACCACCUCCCAAAUCUCUGGAGCUCUCCCUGGAAAAAUCCAUCAUUAUAUUAUAUUUCAAAGAGGACAGCAUACAGAUAGACUUUAAAAAUACAAUUCAAGAAGACUUUAGGAAGGAAAUGCAGGAUUUUUAAUAAGAAAGCACAGGGCUACAGCAAUUCUGCACAGAAAACACAAACAAUAUAAAACUAUGUUUAACAGUUGUGAGUGAAAACUAUAGUAUGGUCAAUAGUUCAAAUUACACAUUCAAAAUGAAAGAAAAGAUGUUCAGCACUUUUAACAAUGGACCUUGUACCAAAGCAGCUUUGCAAAAAUAAAUAGAUUAUGUAUAUACUUAUUUAUAUUUUUAGUAAUAAUAUUAUUAAAUUGAUAAAUUAGUACCUAUGUUUAUCCCUAAUGAGCAAUUAAGUGAUGACACUGAGAAAAACUCAUCCUGGAAUAAGGAAGAAACCUUGAGAGGACUCACAAGGAAACCACAUCUGGGGGACACCAAAGAUGUGGUAUAAUGAAUUGAACUAUUCAUUAUAGUGUUGGGGUUAUGAACUGUUCAUUGAUGGAGACUCGAGUGUAAAAAUGUCCACUGUGAUUGUUGUCCUAUGCCAACGUAGCAGACUGUUUAUAUGAAUUGCAGUCCAAAUCCAUAUUCAUACUUCUUGAGUUGUAUCCUUCAGAGUAACAGCGGAGGACUCAUACUGUGUGUAAAGUUCUGUUGCUUUAAAAAGUCAUUUAAUAUGUAGACUAUACCUAUCUAUAUGCAUGUUUUAUGUUUAAAUGUAGGCAGUCUACCUAUAUGCAUGCUUUAAGUUUGAAUGUAAGCUAUAUCUACUCAUGUGCAUGUUUUAUGUUUGAAAGAAGUUAGAAAGAAUUGUUUAUUAUUUGUUUUCAUAAGAGGUAAUUUCGGGCAAAACUGAUUGGUCUGGGGGUUCCAGCCAUUCCUAAUAAUAUAAUUCCAAAAGAACACAUUGCCAUGUCAUGUGUCUCAUCUUUUCUCACUUCGUGCUGUGCACUGUGCACUGUCCUCUAGUGUUAUUUUACUGUGUUCGGCUUUGAUGCUGUGUGGUUAUGCACCUGUUGGGUGGAGCAGAGGAAGAGCUGGAGCUUCUGCACUCAUGGUGUGUUGGACUGAGUUAGUGUCUCCACUUAGACAGGGGUUGGUUAAUGCCAUUGACUUUUUUAUAACCGAAAAGUAAUCGACAAAUACUGGAAUGGGCUCUAAAUACGGCACGUUUGAAGCGUUUUAUAAUUGUCUUUAAAUACGAAGGGAUAGGGUAAAGCGGAUUGUUUGUUGUCUGCGUAAUUUGGAUACAGCUGGGUUGCAUAAGUUGCUUCUACAGCCGACACUCUUUACUACACUGCGUUGGGUUUUUUUUUUUAAAUUCUAAUAGUUUUUCUAGAUUUCCUCAUGGAUCGCUUAAAGGUAGUUUUGCAGUAUUUUCAGUCGAACUCCGAGUCUAUUUCUAAUGGUAUAUGCGCAAUGCUGGCUCUGGUAAGCGUGAAGCUCUACACGAGCUUUGACUUUAACUGCCCGUGUCUGCCGCAGUACAAUAAAAUGUACGCACUCGGUGUGAUGUUUGUUCCGCCGAUUAUUCUCUUCUUUCUCGGUAUUUUGGUUAACCGGCAUACCGGAGUGAUGAUGGAGGAAUGGACCAGACCCCCAGGCAUGAGGGCCAAAAAUCCAGCAGUUGUCAAGUACUUGUUUUCAGCUAUGAUGCAGAGGGCUAUGUUGGCUCCCAUGGUGUGGAUCCUGGUAUCUUUACUGGAUGGAAAGUGUUUCAUUUGUGCCUUCAGCAUGAGUGUGGACCCUAAACACUUCAGUGGAUUCCCCAAUGACACCGGUCUGGAUCAGAUCAGGAUCAUGGCGAAGGUGCCCUGUAAGGAAGACAGCAUCUUUAAAGACAACGCUUUCCGCAAAGCUGUCUCACGCUAUGUGCGAUGUUACUCUCAAGCAAUAGGUUGGUCCAUCCUGCUGUGCCUUAUUUUUCUGGGUGCAGUGGCUCGAGUGAUUAAACCCUGCUUCAAUUAUGCCACCUUUCUCCAAACACGUUACUGGAGCAAUUACCUGGAUGUUGAAGCAAAGCUUUUUGAUGAGACUUGUGUCCAUCAUGCCAGAGAGUUUGCCAGAAGAUGUGUAGUGCAAUUCUUUGAGAGUAUUGAAGACAACGAGGUUCUCAGGAUGCCACUUUCCCCCAACCUCAGAUUCAAGAACAGCCAAAAUGAGAAUGAGGAAGAAGAUGAGCGCCUCCACGGUGUGACCAGCAAGGAUCAAGUGGAUCACCUGCUUGAAAGUUGGUUUCAGUGCAGACCUGAGCUGGAUGUGACCAAGAUGGUGUAUAGACCUACUAAAUGCAUUUCUUGGGAAGACCCUAAUGGACAUAUACUUUACUCUGAUGUGUGAAGUGACAGUAACAGAUUCUACUAGUGCAUGUAUUUAAAAAAUAUAAGAAAUAAAACUUACAAGUGAAGUGUAAAUGUAAGGGAACCCGCUGAAAUCGAUUCAAAAAGAAUUUAAAGGUCUUAAUUGUGGUAAUGGAAAUUUCACAAAGUAUAUUCCUCCAAAACCAUUAACUUAGUUAGAAAUAAGUGGUUUAUUUUAUUUAGAAAUUAAGGAUUUAAUCAUGUUCAAGGUCUCGUGUAAAGCCUUGAGUAAAAAUUUUGUGCUACCAUUGUGGGAAAAAAUGCUAUAUUUAAUAAAAGAUAUUGCAUACAGAUACAAAAACAAACAGGAUUUUUUUACUUCAGUUUGGACCAGACCUUUUGACAGUCGAGUUAGAAACCUUGCAUGCUCAGAUUUGCCUGUGCCAGGACUGGAUUUGUUUGGUUUUGCAUGGCUCUCCCCACACUCAUUCCUCAGCAGUGAUAUGCAUAUGAAUAUGAUGCAAAUGUCGUUGAGAUCCAUAUGUCAGUAAAUACAAUAAAGAGACUUCAACGCUU